GCCUAGUUUAAAAGAGGUUACAAACCGACGACGCGCGAAGUGCAAAGUACGAUCACGCGUUUCGAUUAGUUGCCGGCGCGUGCGCUGAUGUAGAAACCGCUUUAUUAUAUAUCAUACUACUUUACUGGACUGACGCGUUACGCAAAGAAUUGUUUUAGUAGCUGUUGGGCAAUAGCUUUAGUCUGUGUGAGGUUUUGUGUGGUAAAUAAAAAAAAAUAUUAGUGAUUGGUUUUCUUUUUUUUAUUGAGUCGCGUAGCUAAGAAGAAUCUCAAACGUUUAGUCGUUAGCUGACCGCGUCUGAACACAGACUUCAAGAUGGUGAGCAUAGAUAAAUAUAUCAACGUAAAAUACAAGCUGAAAUCCUCGGACCAGUUCGAAGAGUAUUUAAAGUUCAUUGGUGUUGGCAUGAUCUCCCGUAAGGCCGCCUGCGCCGUUAGUCCUGUAGCAGUGCUGACCAAGGAUGGAGACACCUACACCUUCACAAUGACUACUUCCUUCAGAACAAUCACCUUCAGCUUCAAGUUGAACGAGGAAUUCACUGAGGAAAGAGCUGAUGGUGUUAAGACGAAAUCCUUGAUGGUGGCUGAAGGUGACACGUUAAUACAAACACAGUCGGAGGACAAUGGAAGGAAAUCAACGCACGUGCGGACUUUCACACCGGAGUUACUGACAGUUGUGUCGACAGCUGACGGUUGGGAUGGCAAAUGUGUCAGAAUAUACGAAGUAGUUAAAGAAUAAUUAAAAUUAAUUUAUAGCUAUCAAUAUUAUUUAUGUUAUACGGGUGGUCGUCAUAAAUAAAAAUAUAAAAUUUAAAAUUAUUACUUAUUGUAUUUUGUAAGUCAAUAAAAUUCUUGGUUAUUUA